UGGCGCGUUCUACUCCACUAAUCACAAUCCCAGAGCCCACCAAACAAAACCCAGAAUUCUCACUUUCCCUUGCCUCUGCUUUCUCUGAGUUUCUUCAUCAACUGGGUGCGGUUUUGACAAAGGCUACUUGAGUGCGCAUAAUGUGGUGGUUCUGGCGAAAGGGAGCGUCGGGUUUCUCGGCUUCUUCCACGGCGGAGGAAGUCACUCAUGGCAUCGACGGCUCUGGUCUCACCGCCAUCGUCACUGGAGCUUCUAGUGGCUUAGGUAGAGAAACUGCCCGUGUACUUGCACUGCGCGGUGUGAAUGUGGUCAUGGGCGUCAGGAAUAUGGCUGCUGGUCGUGAUGUCAGAGAAGAUAUAGUGAAGGAAAUACCUAGAGCAAAGGUAGAUACGAUGGAAUUGGAUCUCAGCUCAAUGGCCUCUGUCAGGAAAUUUGCAUCCAACUUCAAUUCAUCUGGUCGUCCACUAAACAUCCUCAUCAACAAUGCAGGAAUUGCGGGAACACCAUUCAUCUUAUCAAAAGACAACAUAGAGUUGCAGUUUGCAACAAAUCACAUAGGUCAUUUCCUUUUGACAAAUCUUUUGCUGGACAACAUGAAGAAAACAGCUCGUAAAAGUAGCAGGGAAGGAAGAAUUGUGAAUGUGUCUUCACAGGCUCACCGAUGGACAUACAAUGAAGGCAUCCGGUUCAAUAAACUCAAUGACAAGUCAGGGUACAGCGGAUUCAGGGCCUAUGGACAGUCAAAGUUAGCCAACAUUCUCCAUGCUAACGAGCUAGCAAGGCAGUUAAAGGAAGAUGAGGUGAAUAUGACUGCCAAUUCUCUCCACCCUGGAGUAAUUGCUACAAAUCUUUUCCGACAUAACAUCAUAUCCAACGUACAUCUUUCAGCUCUUGCCAACCUAGCCUUGGCCCUCUGUUUUGGUUUCAUGCAGGUUUUAUGGCAGGACUUGGAAAACUUUUGUUCAAGAGUGUUCAGCAGGGGGCUGCAACGACAUGCUACGUGGCACUGCAUCCUCAAGUCAAGGGGGUCAGUGGUGAAUAUUUUGCGGACAGUAACUUGACUAAGACGAGCUCAAAGGGCAAAGACGUUGAGUUGGCCAGGAAACUUAGGGAUUUUAGCAUGAAUUUGGUCGAGUGACGCAUUUGGGAUCUGUGGCGCACUGCUAUGCUGGAAAACGAAACACAAGAAUGCCCCAAGUUUUUCGCAUUAUCUGGCAACUUCAGCUUCAAUCCAUAACCAUGGGAUUGGGAGAUGUAUAUUACUAACAUCAAGCUGUGCUAAUGAUAGCUGAAACUUAGACAGUGGUCGGUUUGCAUCAAUGGCUACCGCUUUUCGUGUAUUGAGAUUGCUCUCUAAACGAUUUCCAAAA